CGAGAACCUCCCUCGACUCCAGCCCAUCGAACAUUUCCGAAAAGUGAAGAUGCGCAUCAUUGUGCCAGAGGCAGAAGCGGCACGCUGUGGCUGUGGUGCACACAGCUGCGAAGCCUGUCAUGGGCAGAAGGUCAUUGGAUCAUUGAUGGGGCAGCUGGAGGCGUCUCCACCAGUCAACGCGGGAGAGCAACUCCUCGCCAUGCUUCAGCCGGUGCAGACGGCUUGGGUUUGGCCAGGAGACCAGACUAGCUUCUACAGCGACUACUCAGACUACUCCUUGGAACCUUGGAGUGAGUGCGGCGCCAGCUCCCCAUCACAGUGGGGAGAUGAAACUUUGAUCGGUCCUGAUGGAGCCGUUUAUGAUGUAUUUUACCCAUCAGCUGCACACGAUGAGAAGGAGGAGACAUCCACUACAUGUAGUGACUGCGCUGGAGGAAGUCCAAUCCCGUUCUCUCGCCAGAGAUCGGCAGAAGCCAGUAUUGAAGGUGUCCUGGAUUUCAUGCGCUCAGCAACUAUGGCACGCUACCCGGCACGCGUGCAGCUCUAUGACAAGGUUUGUGGUGCCGCCAAGUCUGCGUUGGGUGAUCACUUCGCGAGGAUGGCGCUGAUUGGCAGCACCGCGCUGCGAAUUGAUACGCCCGACUCGGACCUGGAUGUAGUUGUUUAUACCCGCACUGGGAAUGAUCAAGAAGGAGAGGAGAGACUGGAACCUGUCGAAGCUUUGCGCAAGAUCACUGAUUUUCUGAAGAAAGAGGAGGCGCUGAAGCUGCAACUUGUGGAUUGCGCUCGUGUGCCAGUGCUGACGGUGUUGUCUGAAGAUGGGCGCCUAUCCUUGGACCUCACCGUUGAUCAACCCUUGGGUGAAUGGCAUGUGCUUUGGUUCCAAAGCCUCUGGCAGUGGGAUCCUUUUGCCUAUCCUUUGGAGACACUUCCUCCUCCCAUUGGGGAGGACAAGGAGCACUGGUCCGCAGGGCUGGAGGCGACAGCUUUGCGCUGCAUCAAGUGGUGGCUGCGUCGCAGAAGCAUCCCUGUGUCCAAGGAGGGUGGAUAUCCUACUGUGGUUUGGACACUGAUGGUGCUACAUGUUCUCCGCUGCUCGGUCUUCGUGAACGAGGAUGGCAAGCAGGAGAAGGGCAACCGCGCUUUGCUUGGUGCCAUUGCGGCCUUCUUUGACCGCUUUGCUGGAUCUGGUCUUAUGGGCACCCUCUCUUUCUCCAUGGGGCCUGAUGGGGUGAGCACAGCCUUCCACCCCUUGCCGGAGGAGAAUGGUAUGCAGGCCGCUGUGGACUAUACUUCAGAGACGCCCAGCUUCUCGGUCUUGGAUCCCACGACGACCUGCGAGCUGAGCGUGGCCUGCGGCGUGGUUCCCUCUGAGCUGGCGCCCGCUUUGCCACCAGCCACCCGGCUGCUCCACGCUUACGAGCUCCAGCGCGCCCAGCGCCUCUCAGCGCUGGCACUGGAAUCUGAUGGUGAAAGUUCUCGCGGUGCAGGCAGCGAAGCCUUGGAGGAACUUUUCACAGAGACCUCCCAGUCUUGCAACUCAAUGCCUGCAGAGAUGCCUUCCCAAAGUACUGGUGUCAUCGUGCUGCGCGAUGGUGAGCUUUCCGUUGGCAUCCUCACCCAGGUGUCACCCAAGCAUGGCUGGACAGCGCCCUUCCUCCACCGCCGUGAUGCGCAGAGCAGCUUGGCCUUGCAGCUGUGCCAGGUUCGAGAAUGCGAUGGGCUCCUAACACCUCACACAGGGAAGGAGCGUUGGUUCCAGGCUUGUGAGGUUGUGUGCUUGGCAGCGCUGCAACCCAUGGUCACCCGAGGCCAAUGCAGGGGGAAGUACCUGCGACGAGAAAGGAACCGAUGGAAAUUGGAUCCCGAAGGCAUGGAAAGAUGGCACCACAUGCACGCCCUCCUUCAGCCAGCUCCUUGACAUUGAGUUGGCGAGCAGCACUGAAGUCUCCAAAAAAAAAGACGUUGCUAGAAAAUGAGCCAAAAAAACAAAAAAAGAAAGUGCGCGCAGAAGGUAAGCUUCUGCAGAACGCCUGCAAAAAAUCUUCCAAAAAACAAUUAAAAAUGCAAAGCUUCAGGGCAAGAACUCAUGAUGAGCUCCUCCCCAUUAGUUUCAUAAUGUGUGGAAAGAUACUGCUUAUUCUGAUGACUUUAUUUUGCAACCAUGUGAGCACAAUU